UUUCCUAGACUGGCACCGAGGAGGAAGAAGAGGAGGAGGAGGAGGAAGCGGAGACGGGAAGGUCACUUCCUCCCCCUUUUUGGGAAAGUUGGGAGGGGUCUGGCUCACUAAGGAAGCCUCGGCUGCAGAGGGUGCUAGUUGCUGUGACGGAAGCAGAAGCCUUUUGUGGUCGGGAUCUCUGAGCACCGGUGCAGAGCGAUCCGGCAGACUCUCAUCUGUGAGACCAGAGCAACAAGAGAGAGGCAUCAGUUGAAUUGCCAGGAAACCCGUUGACCUUGUGAGACAGAGAAGGAGCAAGAAUGAAAGUGAAGCUGGAGCAAGGAAGUCCUUUGGAGUCGUACGGGGCUCCGCUUGAGCACGAAGAAAAGUUUAGUGUGCAAAGCCAAGCAGGCGACCAAUCUGGGAAGGGGGCAGGAAGAGACCCUCACGCCUUGGAGGCCAGGGGCAGCGGGGAAUUCUGGGUAGGAAGCGUGCAGGAGAUCCUGGCCGGGGACACAGUCCGCUCAAAGGGACCAUACCAGCGUUUCAAGCAUUUCUGCUACCAGGAGGCCGAGGGGCCCCGCGAGGUCUGCAGCCAGCUCCACGACCUUUGCCGCCAGUGGCUGAAGCCGGAAAGGCUCACCAAGGCCCAGAUGCUGGACCUGGUGAUCCUGGAGCAGUUCCUGGCUGUCCUCCCCCCGGAGAUGGAGAACUGGGUCAGGGAGUGCGGAGCGGAGACCAGCUCCCAGGCGGUGGCCCUGGCCGAAGGCUUCCUCCUGAGCCAGGCAGAGGGGAAGAAGCAGGAGGAAGAACAGGUUCCUGUGUCCUUUGAAGAGGUCCCUGUGCCUUUCACCAAGGAAGAAGAGGAAGAAUGGGCACUGCUGGACCCAGGCCAGAACGCCUUGCCCAGGGAAGUCUUGGUGGAAGACUUUGGGAAUCUAGCCUCGCUAGGUGGCGGAUGGCCCAGUAAGAACAACAACAACAACAGACCCUGUGAGAGAAGCAAGCUUCAAGAAAUGGAAGAGAACUUCAGAAAUCCCGAGGGACCGACAGAACAGGAGGAAAACCAGGUGGAGAAGUGGCUGGAUGAACCCGCCGCUUCCCAGGAUGAAAACUUUCGUGAAAUCGUGGUUCAGCCAGAAAAAACAAGAGGAACAAGAAGGAAUGCCUGCCCGGCGCUUGUGAAAAACGCCAGUCACAAAUCAGACGUUAACGGCCACUGGAAAGUUCACACGGAAGAGAAGCCGUACAAAUGCAUGGAGUGUGGAAAGAACUUCAGCCAGAGCACUCUCCUUAGGUUGCAUCAGAGAAUCCACACGGGAGACAAGCCCUACAGCUGCUCCGAGUGCGGCAAGAGAUUUUACGACAGAUCUCACCUCAACAGCCACAAAAGAACCCACACCGGGGAGAAGCCGUAUAAGUGCUUGGAGUGCGGGAAGAACUUCAGCCACAAGGUGAACCUCACCUCCCACCAGAGGAUCCACACAGGAGAGAAACCUUACAACUGCUCGGACUGUGGGAAGAGCUUUUGCGACAAGCAGAACCUUAUCAGACACCAAAGAAUCCACACGGGAGAGAAGCCGUACAAAUGUAUGGAGUGUGGGCAGAACUUCAGGCAGAGGGCAACCCUCACCUCUCACCAGAGAGUCCACACCGGGGAGAGACCCUACCAGUGCUUGGAUUGCGGAAAGUGCUUUUUCAGAAAAGCGGAACUGAACCGACACCAGAGGAUUCACAGGGGAGAAGAAAGGCCCGUCAUCUCUUGGAGCGUCGAAAUGGCAUCAGACGGGGUGUCGAUUUUAUGUCCCAUCAGAGAACUGGCACAGGAAAACCAGCCGAUAACUCCCGUGAUUAAACAAGAACAGUAUUGCUAAA